AUGAUGGAACAAGCUGAAAACGAUAUGUGUACAGUAGACUAUGUGUAUCACGGUGUGACGGGCAAAAAUGACGAAAAACACUUUAGAUCUAGAGGAAAAAGCCAGCUCUUCACCCUGCUGAUCGGCAGCGUGUGUUGCGCUCUGGCCCAGUACGGCGAUGAGCCGGGGACUCCGGUGCCGAAGAAGCCACUGCAGAUACCGGGUGCCAGGAGGAUCAAGGGCCCGAGAUUGGCCGGGCCCACGGCUCAGACUUCGAUCGGCGCCAGUCCGAGAUUCCGGCGACCGGUACCCGUGAUCAAACCAAGAGCCCCGGCCUCGGAGCCGAUACCCGAGAUCCCGGUGUUUACCUCGGGCAUCAGGGGCUCGCGGCCCUCGUCUCUCGUCAACCUCGAGCAGAACGACGAGCCGCAGAGCCUGCCGAUCCAGGCGAUCCAGCAGCCUCACAUAGUCCACGCCCAGUCCGUUCCCCAGCAGGGUCUCACCGAGAUCAAGCCCGUGAGCGAGGUCCACGAAAAGGACGAGGACGUCGUCCAGGUGAUCGCCAAUCUCGGGGCUGUCUCGAACUACGGUGCCCAGGGUAACCUCCUCACGGCGACGACUGCCUCGCCAGCCCCCAUCUUGCCAACCGCCAGUGCCUAUCUGCAGGAACAACAGCAGCACCAGCAACACCAGCAGCAGUUUCAGAUCGGCCAUUACAGGGCUCUGCAGCCACAACAGCACCAAAUCUCCAGGUCGUCGGCCAACGUAGUGCUCGAGCAGCCGAAGCAGAUAAACCAUCAGGUGAUCACGCCCGUCCAGUACAGUAGGCCACAAAAGCCGGUGAGGCUGUCUAAACCGCAGCAGCAGCUCGUCGAGCGCAACGAGUACGACCUGAACGAGGCUCGCCCGGUCGUCAAGCAGAGAGCACAGGUGGCGCCCAAGAAGUCGAAGCCACAGGCCGAUUACUACGAGGGCAGGACCAAGAAACCCGUAGCCCAGGUGAUCAGACGUUAUCGCGAAGAGAUGGCCGACGGCUCGAUACUCUGGGGUUUCGAGAACGACGACGGCUCGUUCAAGGAGGAGAUGAUUGGCAUCGACUGCAUAACCCGGGGCAAGUACGGCUACGUCGAUCCCGACGGUCUCAAGCGCGAGUAUACUUACGAGACGGGCAUCAAGUGCGACGAGGAGGCGCAGCAGCAACAGGACCAGGAUAUUCUCAACACGUUCGUCGACUAUCAGGAGAACAAGCUCGUGCUGCCCAACGGCAAGACCAUCGAUCUGAGCAGUAUGGGUAAGAAGCAGGCCAGACGACCCCAGCCCUUGUACAGGAAUUGA